CUGCGCACACCGUCUGUCCGCGAGCAGAAGACACGGUAGCGGGGGUGUCUGUGAAGAAUGUUGUUGAUGCGGGUGCUCCGGGGCUGAAUAGGCAUAUUUCUCGCAGAAGAAACGAGGCCACCAAAACACAGCCGAGUAGCCCAGGGUGAAACCUCCCCGUCGCAUUCUGGGUGGGUCUAACCCAUAUUCGCGUGAUCUACGAUGGGUAACGGGAGGCUCGACGCUAGGUCCUCGCUCUGCAGCUGUUCGCUCGUGCUUCUCACAAUAGCUGGCCAAGUCGGUGACUGGGUCUGCCGCUAUUGUCCCGCGCUCCUCGUUGUCGCGUCCUGUUGUUGCGCCUGAGUGGGGGUGUCUCCGCGGGGCCUACUCUGCCCGCUGCCUCGCCCUCCCUACCGCAGUUCUGCGCGACCCUUCCGAAACAUUUACAUUAUUGCAUUUCCGUUUUUGCGUUCCCGUUGAAUGAAUGAAGCGAGCGUCCGUGAAGGAAACGAGCCGUCUUCAGGGAUAGGCUACCGAAUGUGAUGGUAGGAGACACCAUGACGCUGUUGUCUCUGUUGGGUCGGAUUAUGCGUUAUUUCCUCCUCAGGCCUGAAACGUUGUUCCUGCUCUGCAUCAGUCUGGCGCUGUGGAGCUACUUCUUCCACACCGACGAGGUGCGGACCAUCGUCAAGUCCAGCCGCGAUGCCGUGAAGAUGGUGAAAGGGAAGGUGGCGGAGAUCAUGCAGAACGAGCGUCUGGCUGGCAUCCGCGUGCUGGACGCAGAGUUCUCGAAGACAUGGCAGUUUAAGAACAACAACGUGGCUGUGUACUCCAUCCAGGGCCGGAGGGACCACAUGGAGGACCGCUUUGAGGUGCUGACCGACAUCGCCAAUAAAAGCCACCCGUCUAUAUUUGGGAUAUUCGACGGGCACGGCGGCGAGGCAGCAGCAGACUAUGUGAAGGCUCACCUCCCAGAGGCCCUGAAGCAGCACCUGCUCUCCCAGGAGAGGGGUCGCCGUGACAACUACCCCAGUCUCCUGGAGCACCGCAUCCUGUCCGUCGAUAGGGAGAUGGUGGAGAAGCUGUCGGCCAAUCACGACGAAGCAGGGACCACCUGCCUGGUGGCGCUCCUCUCGGACCGGGAGCUGACGGUGGCCAACGUGGGCGACUCUCGCGGCGUGCUGUGUGACAAGGAUGGGAACGCUGUGGCCCUGUCACAUGACCACAAGCCCUACCAGCUGAAGGAGCGCAAGAGGAUCAAGAGAGCAGGGGGCUUCAUAAGCUUCAACGGCUCCUGGCGCGUGCAGGGCAUCCUGGCCAUGUCCCGUUCCCUUGGCGACUACCCCCUGAAGAACCUGAACGUGGUGAUCCCCGACCCCGACAUCAUGACCUUCGACCUGGACAAGCUGCAGCCAGAGUUCAUGAUCCUGGCGUCUGACGGCCUGUGGGACGCCUUCAGCAACGAGGAGGCCGUCCGCUUCGUCCGCGAGCGUCUGAACGAGCCGCACUUCGGCGCCAAGAGCAUCGUGCUGCAGUCCUUCUACCGCGGUUGCCCUGACAACAUCACCGUCAUGGUCGUCAAGUUCAAAAGCUCCGCUUCCUCCUCCGCCGCGGGCAGGAGCAAGACCGCAGAGUGAUUAGUCGCCCCGGGGUCGCACGUCUACUUCCUGUCUCAGGCGGCCAAUUGAAGGGCAGGGUGAUGCUGGUUUGAUUGGUUGUGUGGACGCGGGUGUGAUUGAAGAGGCGAUGGCUGGAGGGGUCGUCCUUGUACUCAGUUAAUAACUUAUAAUAAUUAGCAUGCUCACAGGCAUGCUGAAAACAUGUAUCUACACACACACAUACACAGAUAUACACACAUACACAGAUAUACACACAUAGCCACACAUACACACACCCAUAUACACAGACAUAGACAAACACACACGUAAUACAAAUUAUGUUCACACACACAUACAUUAACCCUUGUGCUGCCUUCGGGUCACAUGACCCAAAGGUUCAUAACGAACCAUCGUUGUGUUUACCCAAUUUUACACAAUACAAAAACAAAUAAAAAUAAUUUUCUUUUAACCUUCGCAAUGUGGGGGGUCUGAGACAGCCCACCGGUUAAAAGAAAACGCUUCACUUUGUUUUUGUAUGCGGUAAAGUUGUCGCAAUACAACGGUGGGUCACAAUGACUGAUGGGUCAGAAUGACCCGAAGAUAACACAAGGGUUAAUACAUACACAUCCACCCAUUCUAAAGAGACUCAAACAGAGACCAGCUCUUCAGCACGUAGGACUGGGAUUUUUGGUUGGCCACAUACCACAAACACGCACCACAUACACACACCACAUACACACAGACACGCACCACAUACACACAGACACGCAUCACAUACACACACCACAUACACACAGACACACACCACAUACACACAGACACGCACCACAUACACACAGACACACACCACAUACACACAGACACGCACCACAUACACACAGACACACACCACAUACACACAGACACGCACCACAUACACACAGACACACACCACAUACACACAGACACGUACCACAUACACACACCACAUACACACAGACACGCACCACAUACACACAGACACGCACCACAUACACACAGACACGCACCACAUACACACAGACACGCACCACAUACACACAGACACGCACCACAUACACACAGACACACACCACAUACACACAGACACGCACCACAUACACACAGACACACACCACAUACACACAAACACGCACCACAUACACACAGACACGCACCACAUACACGCACCACAUACACACAGACACACACCACUUACACACAGACACACAUCACACACACACACUGCUGAUCCAGAGACUGUCCUGAUUAAACAUUUAAAUGCACUUUUAAAUACUUUUUACUUUUGCUGAAUGCUAUGUCAGCCUGUUGUUGACAGCAACCAUGAUCAACCCAUUAGGGGUUGGAGGUAGAACCUAGAACCCUCUGUCUUAGACCAGACCUAGAGAUGGUGUUAGAACCCACAACCUGCUGUCUCUAUCUGUUGGAACCCACAAUCGCCUGUAUCUUAGAACCCACAAUCUUCUGUCUGUUAGAACCCAGACCAUCCUGUUUGUUAGAACCCAGAACCUCCUGUCUCUGGGACCAGAUCUCCUCCUGCCUGAAUGCCUCCUGCCUGGAACUCAUAGAUCCACAGACUCUAGAUCUGCACCCUGAAGCCUGCCUGUAGAGCACCCCUAUGUAGCUUAUCUAUGUGGAUGAGAUCUACGUAGCUCGUCCGUGUGGAUGACAUCUGGAUGAGAGCCGUCUGUACCAUGCAUGUGGUGUGGGAGGAGCUUGUCAGCCUCUUGCACACAUCCUCACUUCUGACUGGAAGGCUACAUGUCAACCGCUGACAGAUCAGGAAUGCUAUUGGCUGAGACCUUGUUUCCUGUUGCGGGAUAACCAAUAAGAUCUAAGCGGAUGGGGAUCUGAGCUUGAAAAACUAGUGCUUCUUUUCUGCUCUUCCUGUAACUCCUCCAGAGUCGUCCUUAAUCUGGACCAACUGCUCCAACGCUGAUGGGAAGGAAAAUAUACGUUCUUUACAUUUUAAGUGUGAACCUUGUUUGCCUUAUUUAUUAGUUUGAGUUAUAAAAUGUGAGGUUGUUGUUGUGUUGCCUAAACUAACAAUAUUCAGUCUGUAUUAGCUGUCAAUCAUGUAUCCUGCACUGUCAUUAGGCUGAUACAUGUAUGUACCAUAUCACUGCUCCACGAUUAAUAAGUCACUACUCUGCCAAACUGAAAAUUUAAGGUUUUGUUGAAUGCAAGGGGUCAGUGUUAAAAAAUAAAACUUUAAACCACUU